AUGCAAAAUGUUGUUUCACAAACUCCCGACGAAGAUGACUUGCACUUCCCACCAACACUUAACAAGCUAUCAGUAAUUAAGUCACGUCUUCCGAAUCAUAGUGAUUCUCUGAGAGAGUCAUUUUCAAAGUAUAUCGGUCGGAUGCUAAAUAACUUAAGUGAAGCCACCGAACAAGAAGAACUCACCAUUCUUAAUUCAUAA